UGAGGCUGGUACUGGAGAUGUGGCGUGCGGGCGUGUAGCGUCACGGGCGGGGUGUCAUCACUCACAUCGCAUGUUGAUCACGAAGCCGCUUGAUUCGGAGCUCCGCUGUCUGCGAGUCGUGGCAGAAAAUAUCGUUUUAAGGUCUUUUUUCAAAGGAUGCAAACGUAACCGUUUGUGUCUGGUGUAACUGGAAGCAGCAUGUCCUUCUACGCCGUCAUUAUACCGGUCCUCUGUAUCAUUUUCUCGGCUUGGCAGGCAACAGCUCUCAAACCCCUCAGAUGUGUAAGUUCACAUGAGGCUGCAGGUGUUUUUCUUCUGCAUUCUGCCAAACUACAACCUAUUAUAUUAUAUUACAUUAUAUUAUAUUAUAACUGUAACCUCCAAGUUUUUGGACUUUUACACGUCUUGCUUUACUGCUUGUGGUAUGUGGACAAAAAUGGCACCUGGCACAAUGGCUUUGAUUGCCCACUCAUAACCUUCUGCUGUGGGAACUGUCACCGCCGUUACUGCUGCCUGGAUGGCUUCAAGAUGAUCACCGAGGCGGGACAGAAGCGCUGCAUGCUGUUCCAUCUCAGCCCUUCCACUAUAGCUGGCAUUGCUUCAUCGAUCCUGCUCUUUGUGGCUGCUAUAGCAACCAUGGUCUGUUGCUUCAUGUGUUCCUGUUGUUACCUGUACCAGCGCCGCCAGCAACGUGGCAGAACUCCUUAUGAAGACAGCUAA